AUGGCAUCCAUUUUCGAGCAGCCGGGCAACGGCACGUUGUUCCUCGGCGGCCAAAAGAUUUCUGGCUCAGAUAUUCGGGAUCAGAACGUCCUGGCAACGCAAGCGAUCGCAAAUGUAGUCAAGAGCUCGUUCGGUCCGAGUGGUCUGGAUAAGAUGAUGGUGGAUGAUAUAGGAGAUGUCACGGUCACGAACGAUGGUGCAACGAUUCUGAGCUUGUUGGAUGUCGAGCACCCGGCGGGCAAGAUUCUAGUCGACCUAGCUCAGCAGCAAGACAAGGAAGUCGGCGAUGGCACCACCUCAGUUGUCCUCAUUGCGGCGGAGCUACUACGGCGAGCAAAUGAGCUGAUGAAGAACCGGAUACAUCCUACUACUAUCAUCACCGGCUAUCGACUGGCACAGCGCGAGGCGGUGAAGUACAUGAACGAGAAUGUCAGCAUCAAGACGGAGUCCCUCGGCCGCGAAUCUCUCAUCAACAUUGCGAAGACCUCCAUGUCCAGCAAGAUCAUUGGCUCCGACUCCGACUUCUUUGCGAAUAUGGUAGUGGAUGCGAUGUUGGCGGUCAAGUCUACAAACAACAGGAGCGAGACCAAGUACCCCGUGAAGGCAGUGAAUAUCCUCAAGGCGCAUGGAAAGGGGUCGCUGGAGUCGUUAUUGGUGAAGGGCUACGCCUUGAACUGCACUGUUGCUUCUCAGGCCAUGAAGACGCGGAUAACAGACGCGAAGAUUGCAGUCCUGGAUAUGAACCUUCAGAAAGAGCGGAUGAAGCUUGGUGUUCAGAUUACCGUUGACGACCCGCAACAACUCGAGCAGAUCCGAGCACGAGAGUCAGGAAUGAUUCUUGAGAGAGUCGAGAUGAUACUGAAGGCAGGUGCAAACGUUGUCCUGACAACAAAGGGCAUUGACGACCUUUGCUUGAAGAUGUUCAUCGAAAAGGGGGCGAUGGCUGUGCGAAGAUGCAAGAAGGAGGAUCUCCGACGUAUCGCUAAAGCUACUGGUGCCACUCUAUUAAGCACUCUGUCCGACUUGAACGGCGAUGAGCGGUUCGAGCCGUCAUACCUAGGACAUGCUGAGGAAGUUGUGCAAGAGCGAAUUUCCGAUGACGAGUGCAUUCUAGUAAAGGGAACGAAGACCCAUUCUUCCGCCUCCAUCAUUCUACGUGGACCGAAUGAUUACCAGCUCGACGAGAUGGAGCGGUCGAUUCACGAUUCGCUCAUGGCAGUCAAGCGGACACUUGAGAGCGGUAGCAUUGUACCUGGUGGUGGCGCUGCUGAGACGGCCCUUCACAUCUACCUAGAAGAAUACGCCGGCACAGUUGGCUCAAGGGAGCAGCUAGCAAUCGGUGAAUUCGCCCAAGCUCUUCUGGUCAUCCCGAAGACCCUGGCAGUGAAUGCCGCCAAGGAUGCAUCAGAGCUCGUAGCGCAGCUACGGUCACGGCAUGCUCUUUCCCAGCGGAUCCAAGAAGGUGACGCUAACGAGGAUGAGAAGUCCAUAGCUCGCAAGAAGAGCUACAAGAACUAUGGUCUUGAUCUGACGCGUGGCAAGGUCAUUGACGAGAUCAAGGCAGGUGUUGUGGAGCCGAGUUUGAGCAAAGUUCGCCAGUUGAAGAGUGCGGUCGAGGCGUGCAUCAGCAUCAUGAGGAUCGAUACCCUAAUCAAGUUGGACCCGGAGCAAAGAGGUGAGGAGGACGAUGGCCAUGGCCAUUAG